AUGGCCGCCAGAAUGGUUACGAGCGAUCCUACCGGUCGCCGAUGGUGGUUUAGUCCCUUAGUUUUGGUAGUUGCAGCUCUAGCAUUUGCCGGCGGUUGCGCCCGUGUUGCUGCCAUAAGUCCGCUCCCGUCCGUUGAGAGUGAUGAUAUUGUGCGUGCGGCCAAAGUGUCUGCCAUCGCACCCGCCAACGAUGUGGACGGUACGUACUUUCUCCCCAACACGUCCAUUCCGACACACUACGCAAUAUCGCUGCGUACCGAUAUACACAACGAUGUGCGUACGUUUAGUGCGACGACGAAGAUCUACCUCACGGUUUUGGAGGACACCGAGUGGGUUGUAAUGCACGUCCAGGAGCUGAACAUCGAGACGGUGUCCCUGUACCGGGUGCCGUCCACCGGUGGAAAUCCAAUCUGGGUCGAUGAACCAACGUUCACCAUCGACAUCGUUAAGGAGCAUAUUCUGUUCCGCACGCUCGGUUCGUUCCGAACCGGCGAUUACAUGCUGGAGGUAACGUACGGUGGGUCGAUGCGCAACUACCAGAGCGGUUACCUGGUGUCGCGCUAUCGGGACGAAGAGGAUCAGUGGCGUUCCGUCGGUACGACCCACUUCCAGGCGACACUCGCACGCCGCGUGUUCCCGUGCUACGACGAACCGGCGCUGAAGGCCACCUUCGAUCUGACGAUCACCCAUCACCGUGACUACAGGGCGAUCGCCAACAUGCCCCUUCGGAACUCCGGCAUCGAUCCCAACAACAGAGAGUAUCUGGUCAGCACCUUCGAAAGGACACCGAAGAUGUCCACCUAUCUGUUGGCGUUCGCUGUGACGGAUUUCGUCACGGUCGGCGAUGCCGCCCACAACGUGGUUGUCCGCAGCAAUGCCAGGGAGGAUGCAGCGUACGCGUCGACCGUGGGUGCCACCAUUCUGGCACGAAUGGGCGACUACCUGGAGAUCUCGUACUACGACCACAUGCCAAAGCUAACCUCGAUCGCUGUCCCGGACCGGGGCACAGGUGCCAUGGAGAACUGGGGUCUGGUAACGUACGGGGAACCGUCGCUAUUGUACAACCCGACCGUAAAUACCUAUCGCAAUCGUAAACGCGUUACAACCGUCAUUGCGCACGAGUACGCCCAUCAGUGGUUCGGCGAUCUGGUCAGUCCGCACUGGUGGGACUACAUCUGGCUGAACGAAGGGUUCGCCACCCUGUACGAGUACUACGCGCCACAACUGUCCGACCCGGGCGAUCAGUACUGGGAGCUGUUCAACGUGGAAGUUGUGCAGCGAGCGUUUCUGCAGGACGCGAACGAAAACAUUCGCCCCAUUAAUUGGAAUGGAGCCACACCGGAUGAAGUUUCCAGCCUGUUCGAUAUUAUCGCCUACCAGAAAGCGGGAAGUGUGCUGAACAUGUUCCGGAACGUGCUUGGGGAGAGUGGAUGGCGCGAAGGAUUGAAGCAGUACCUCACCGAUCGUGGAUACAAUGCGGCAACGAAAGAAAAUCUGGCGCUUCAUCUACAGCGUGCCGUCGACGGUAAGGACAUCCUGCCACCGGCAGCGAACGUGCGCGAUCUGCUUGCCUCCUGGACCGAUGCGGCCGGGUUUCCCGUGCUCAACGUUCACCGACUGUAUCGUGACGGUUUGAUGAUCCUCUCGCAGGAACGCUUCCUCGAGCGGAGCGUACUGCCGACGACCCACGUGUGGCACAUCCCGUACAACUAUGCCUACACAUCCUCCGGUACGUUCUACGAUCUCGCGACCGUUGGUUGGCUUUCAUCGCGUGCGGCCAAAAUCGAAACAUCCGUCCCCGACGACGAAUGGGUCGUGUUCAACAAACAGCAGACGGGCUAUUACCGCGUGAACUAUGACCGCCGGAACUGGGAACUGCUGGCCGAAGCAUUGAACGCCAACCAUAACGCCAUCCACCGCCAGAACCGUGCCCAGCUGAUUGACGAUGCGUUCAAUCUGGCGCGGGCCGAUCUGCUCGAUAUGGCGGUUGUGUUGCGGCUGAUGCGCUAUCUGCGCACCGAGCGCGACUACGCACCGUGGUUCGCCGCGGACAAGGUGCUGACCUAUCUGUACGACAAGGUGCGCGCCACCGAACACGAACACCCGUUCCUGGUGUACGUGGAUGAGCUGAUUGCGGAGGUGUAUGCCACCAUAUCGGUGGACACCGUCAACCAGGGCGAGACAACAUUGUACAAGUACCUGCGCCAGCUCAUUGCCACCUGGGCAUGCCGCAUCGGGUACGCGGAUUGUCUGGCACGGGCACGGGAAGCGCUGCGAAAGGAAUACCUGCCGGCCGCACAGGAAACCUCCGCACCGGUACAUCCCGACAUCCGGGCCGUUGUUUACUGUUACGGCUUGCAGGAGAACGCCCAGGACGAGUUCCAGCUGAUCUACCAACGCUUGAUGGCGUCGCGCAAUCAGGCAGAACGCACCGACCUGAUCGACGCGCUGGGAUGCUCGAAGAAUGCGGACAGCAUCAAAACACUCUUGGCCACCAUCAUCUUUAGCGCUGCACCUGGCACCAACUUUGUGUACCUAUCGGAAGAGCGUAACCAGCUGUUCCGCGCGAUCUACAACGGUGGCAGGGCACCAACACUAGCGCUGAUGGAGGUGCUUGAAGAUUCCGUCACCUUGACGCAAAUGAUGGCGAUCGUUGGGGAAGGCACAAUCAGAGAUGCGGAAAUGAACAUUGCCCAACGGACCAACGGUGCCGACGAAAUGGCACGCCUCGAACGGAUGCUGACGGCGCUGACUCCACUGCUGUCGCCGAAUGUUCUCAAUGAUGCCAGAGCAGCGGCAACCGCACGUCCGCUUUGGUUUACCACGGCCGAAGGACUAAUCGUUGGCGAAUUCUUGGAGCUCUACAGCCUUGCCUGA